AUGUCCAAAUACGCACUCUGCCACCCCAGCACGGAUGCUACGACGAGGCUUAUCAUCGAGGUGUUCCUCAAACCUUUGGCUCCCAUCCUCACGGUGGAAGAGGGUACCGAGCUCAGCCUUCAGCAGGGUGAUGGCUCAACUGCUCAUACACAACUGUCGCCGAUCCUUCAGUCAUUGUCAACCGACUGCAAAACACUCUUCGCGGGCUCCGACGAGGAGAAGCAAGUGGGCUUGAGUUGGAUCGAGAAGCUCACAUCCUGGUCUGGCAAACCCGACAGUCUCAACCUGAAAGAAUUAGGCGAUCACUUGCAGUCACGAACUUUCAUGAUCGGCUCCCAACUGAGUGUCGUGGAUCUCGUCGCUUACACAAAGUUACAUUCUUACAUGAGCUCAUGCAGUCACCAGGAUAAGCUACAACACCCGUCAGUGACGCGCCACUUCGACUUGAUCCAAAACAUCGGCCCGGUCCAACAGGCGAUAGGCCAGCACCCAUCUCUCACACUCCCACCUGUCCCGAUCAAUGUUGCAGACGUGCCUGAGGUGGAGCGGAAAGCGCCUCUAGUCGAGAAGAAAGAGAAGAAGGCCAAGCCGACGACGACGACAGCAGAUGACGCAGCAGCUCAAACGAACCCCAAAGCUUCGGCUUCCACGCCUGGUGAGAGCAAGAAAUCUGCUGGGGCCGAGAAACAGAAGGCUGAGAAAAAAGAGAAGAAGAAAGGCGGCGAUGGGGGCGAGGGCAAGAAGCCGGCCCCUGCAGCUGAUGGCCCUCCCAUGCCACACAUGAUCGAUAUGCGGGUGGGCAAAAUCGUACAUGUCGAAAAGCAUCCAGACGCCGAUUCGCUCUAUGUUGAGAAGAUCGACUUUGGCGAGCCAGAGCCACGCACGGUCGUCAGUGGAUUAGUCAACUACAUCCCCAUCGAGGAGAUGCGUGAUCGGCUCCUGGUCGGCAUAUGUAAUCUGAAGCCAGCCAACAUGCGGGGCGUCAAGAGCUUUGCCAUGGUCCUGGCGGCUACCUCCAAAGACGGAAAGGGUGGCUCCGGAAGCGUCGAGCUUGUCGCCCCUCCGCCCGGCUCUCAGCCCGGUGACCGGAUCUACUUCGAGGGCUUCGAGGACCAAUCCCCGAUCGAACAACUCAACCCGAAAAAGAAACAAUUCGAGACGAUCCAACCCAAUUUCACCACCUUGGACACCAAGGAGGCCUGUUGGACGGACCCCAAUAACGGGCACAAGCCGCAUCGGAUCAUGAGCGCCAAGGGAGUCUGUUGUGCGCCGACAUUUGUGGGCGCGUCUUUGUCAUAA